CAGCAGACACGAUGCGGGCAGCAGGUAGCGCGCGGCUCGCGCUGGCGGCCUGCCUCUUGGCGGUGGCGGCGGCGCAGCAGCUGCCCUGGUGGUGGGGGCUGUCCGCCCCCGACUACAAGCCGGUCACCCAGGCGCCCGACAACAACGUGGGGGGCGGCUCCACCUCCACCCCCGGCGUCGGCGUCGCAGGAGGCGCGUCCACGGUGGACCCGCUCGCGCAGAGCACGUACGAGCCGUGCGAGUGCGGGCCGGGCAGGUCGUGCGUGUGCGUGCUCUACUACCUGUGCAAGAACGGCACCAUCAUCACCACCGGGCUCGACCUGCUCGACGACAGAAUAAACACACCAAAAGUUGAAAUGUGCCCUGGAGUACAACACUGCUGCCAGGAGCCACCUCGGAAAACCACAGGAAGUCAAACUCCUACUACGCCACCGACGCCGUCAACACCACCGUAUGUGGAGCCCGGACCUGUGACACCGACUCCCAAGCCUCCCAUCCAAGUUCCUGUGGGACCUGUCAAGUCUGGUUGCGGAGUGAGGCGUGGGCUAUCACCAGCGACAGACAACAGCACAACAUUUGCAGAGUUCCCGUGGAUGCUGGUUGUCCAAGUAGCUGUGUACCCAGGGGAUGGAAAACCACCUGCCUUUGUCUUCAAAUGUGGAGCUUCACUUCUGCACCCACAAGUUGCUCUCACUGCUGCACACUGCGUUAAAAGGUUGAUUCCAUCAGAUAUAAAAGUCAGAGCUGGAAUAUGGGACUUAACAGCAGCAACGGAACCCUUACCACACCAGGAGCGCAGGGUGAUAAAAAUAAUAAGACAUCCUCAAUUUGAAGAGAAGACGCUCUUCAAUGACAUAGCACUCCUAGUGCUGGAUAAACAUUUUGAUGAAGCAAUGAAUGUUGAAGUUAUUUGUGUGCCUCCCCCUUCAGUAGAUUUCACAGGCCUUCGAUGUAUUGCAACUGGAUGGGGCACGUCAUCUCCUGAUGCUGAGAUUGUCCAGACUACAAUGAAGAAAGUGGAGCUGCCAGUAGUUUCCCGUGAUCACUGUGAAAAUGAGCUUCGCAUGACAAGACUUGGACGCUACUUUGAACUCCAUGGGAGCUUUAUAUGUGCUGGUGGUGAGCCACAAGUAGAUACCUGCCGUGGGGAUGGUGGUGGACCACUCAUGUGCCCCAUCACCGACGACGACGGACGCUAUGUUCAGGUUGGUAUCGUGUCGUGGGGCAUCGGCUGUGGAGGCAGCAGGACACCAGCAGUCUAUGCCAGCUUAUCCUAUUUCAGAGACUGGAUUGAUAAUCAGUUAGAAGAAAAUAAAUUUGUAAACAUUGCCAUACCACCACCAAGUGUGGAUCAAGAUGAAAGAUUUAAAGAACCUAAGCCAACAUGGGGAUGAGGAAAGAGAACAUUCUGAGUUUGAGAAUACACCAUAAAAAAUAUUUAAAUGAAGAUUUGGACAUGUACUUCUUUUUCUUGGUUGUUCAGAAAGCCAUACGUUAGUAUGCAGUGAAGACCUAAGUUUAUUUAUGCUCUGUAGAAUAUUUGUAAUUAAAUUGAAUCAUGGAUUCACACAAACAGGAAACACAAAUUUCAUUACAUAUUUUAAGCCUUUUAACAAUAUACUGCCAUGCAUGUAUUUAUAAAUUGUACUGUUAGGGAAUUUUUAAUAAUAAAAAGAAGGAAGUUUGCAUGUCACAUAAUAAAGGCAUAAACACCAUA